UUGGUGGCAGCUAGCUCAAUGUACCCCUCCCGUCUCCUGUGUCGACAGCACUGAUCCUCCUCCAGCCUCUUUAAACUGCUUUCACCGCCACACAGUCGACAUUUCUGGGGUUCGGUCCGUAGCCCUCCGUCCUCACGUCCCUCACGUCCCUCUGUGUGUCCCGGAGGAUAUUUCUUUUCUACCGGAGAGUCUGGAACCGAAACCGCACACAGACGGAGCUGUGUUUUAGGUGACUUCAAGUGGGCGGAUAAAGCGGAGGACGGGCAUCCGGGCCUGGCUGCUCCGGGACUCGGCUCCAAACGACGGAAUUCACCAUUUUCAGGCUGUGCACUGCCCUGCUAUGGAGAAGAUGAAGAGGAUUAAGAAGCGUCUGUCGUUAACACUCCGCUCCAGUCAGACCAUCGACGAGUCUCUGUCUGAACUGGCCGAGCAGAUGACCAUCGAGGAUGGCGGCACCAAGGACAAUGAACCCUUCAUGAGGAACGGUCGCCCACCCACCUCCCAUAGCAUGCACUCCUUCCUGCACCAGUACACAGGCUCCUUCAAGAAGCCCCCCCUACGCCGGCCGCACAGCGUCAUCGGUGGCACCCUGGGGUCCUUCAUGGCAAUGCCACGCAACGGCAGUCGCCUGGAUAUUGUGCAUGAGAACCUGAAGAUGGGCUCAGAUGGGGAGAGCGACCAGGCGUCGGGAACGUCUUCAGAUGAGGUGCAAUCUCCUACCGGCGUCUGUCUGAGGAACCGCCUCCAUCGACGGAUCUCCAUGGAGGACCUCAACAAGCGCUUGUCGCUGCCUGCUGACAUCCGAAUUCCUGACGGUUACCUGGAAAAGCUGCAGCUCAGCAGCCCACCCUUCGACCAGCCGCUCAGCCGACGCUCCCGCCGAGCCUCGCUGUCGGAGAUUGGUUUUGGCAAGUUGGAGACGUAUAUUAAGCUGGACAAGCUGGGAGAGGGAACCUACGCCACAGUAUUUAAAGGACGCAGUAAGCUGACAGAUAACUUGGUGGCCCUGAAGGAGAUCCGACUGGAGCACGAGGAGGGAGCGCCAUGCACUGCCAUCAGAGAAGUGUCGUUACUGAAAGACCUCAAACACGCCAACAUCGUGACGCUACACGACAUCGUCCACACUGACAAGAGCCUCACACUCGUCUUCGAGUACCUGGAUAAGGAUCUGAAGCAGUACAUGGAUGACUGUGGAAACAUAAUGAGCAUGCACAAUGUGAAGAUCUUCCUGUUCCAGAUUUUGCGAGGGCUGUCGUAUUGUCAUAAGAGGAAAGUUCUCCACAGGGACCUGAAGCCCCAGAACCUCCUAAUCAACGAGAGAGGAGAACUCAAACUGGCUGAUUUCGGCCUGGCGAGGGCCAAGUCUGUCCCGACUAAAACCUACUCCAACGAGGUGGUGACUCUUUGGUACCGGCCUCCUGAUGUCCUACUGGGAUCUUCUGAGUAUUCAACACAGAUCGAUAUGUGGGGUGUUGGUUGCAUAUUCUAUGAAAUGGCUGCAGGUCGGCCACUGUUCCCCGGCUCCACCGUGGAGGAUGAGCUCCACCUCAUCUUCAGGUUACUGGGCACGCCCACAGAGGAGAACUGGCCAGGAAUCUGCUCCAUCGAAGAGUUUAAAUCCUACAACUUCCCCAAAUACAAACCGCAGCCAUUAAUCAACCACGCUCCCAGGCUGGACGGUGAAGGCAUCGAGCUGCUGCUGUCUUUCCUCAAAUACGAAUCCAAGAAGAGGAUUUCAGCUGAAGAGGCAAUGAAACAAUCCUACUUCAGGCAGCUCGGGAUGAGACUUCGCGCACUGCCUGAGAGUGUAUCAAUAUUCACAUUAAAAGAAGUGCAGCUGCAGAGAGACCCUGGCUACAGGAACUCCUCAUAUCCAGAGUCAGGUAACGGCAAGAUCAACAGGAGGCAAAGCAUGCUCUUCUAAUGUCUGAUUAAGAGGAUGGUCGACUGCCCACCUUCUUCAUCUCUUCCCACCAACCCCUCGCAUGAGCCCACCUCCCCUCGGAGUGACCCUCCCCCUCCCCUUACCUGCACACACACACGCACACAUAAACAUGCACACACACCCCUCUGAGCGAGUGACUCUGGGUUGAAUCUAUUUGGAGACUGUGUUUAUUUAUUGGGGGGCGGGGUGAGGUUGAAUUUUUUUGCUGCUAAACUACUACUGUCUGUAUUUAACACACCGUGUGUGCGUGUGUGUGUAUGUGUGUGUGUGUGUGUACAUGAUGUGAACUUGAGACGCCAUGCACAGUUGAGCAGUCAGUAAGUUUACUGUUGUGUUUCUUCGGACUAUGAUUCUCCGGCUUCGUUUGAGUUAGAAUUCCACUGAUGUUGAUGUCGACGCUGUGAUCCAAGUUGUUGUUCUUGUUGUCGUGCUUGGAGACCGAACGCUUCAGUUUCUUCAGAAUUUUUUUUUUAUAAAUAUGUAUAACUAUAUAUAUAUUUGGAGUUUAUGUUUUGUUUUUCUUCGAGCUUCCGUGAAUGAACUCUACAACAUUUCCAGGUUUAGAAAGACUAGGACGGCUAGAUGGUCUUGGUUGAGGAAAAACGGUUCCUCUGGAUUCCUCGUCGUCAUUUUUCUGAAACAUUUCAGUUGGAUUCUUCUUCUAGAGGCCCUGCUGCCCUCUGGGGGGGUUACACUGAGGGUCAAAAAGCAGGACUGUUUGUGGACAGUGGUAACAGUUUUGGUCUGUGGGUUAAAGAAGCACACACAGAGUCCAAACAAACUGGGAGAACAUGAAACCAUCUUUCGGUUCUUUUGUUUUUUUGGCCAUUCUGGCUCAGCAACGGGACCAAAACUGAGGUGGAGGGGGGAGGCAAAGAGUUCAGAAGACGAUUAAAAAGUACGGAUGAAAGAGGAGGAAUACUGGAGCUGAACAGGAAGUCAUGUGACGUCCCACAGGAAGCCAGCAAGCCUUCCCUAAAACCCCUCACAAAACUGCCAGGACUUCAGUGCUUUUAAAAAAAAAAUGCAAGCUACACUUUCUCGCUCUGUGUGCAUUUGGAGAUCUCACUGCAGUAACUUUGUUUUUAACUUGCACUUCAGUGUGUUUUUUUGGAAUCAGGGACCCGGGCCUCGACAUGGCCGAGUUUACCCAACAGUAUUAAGAUGUGUUCUAUGUGUCUGUGACCUUUGACCUCUCCUUGUGAAACAACAGCGUCAUUGUGGCAUGUUUUUCGGAGGGGGGGAUAGCGGGGAUCGGGGUGGGUUGUUUAAAGCAAAAUGGUUGUUUUACACUUGGCGUUGGACCACUGCUCUCUCCAGCAUUUGUACACAAGGAAGAAAAGAUUUCAAAUUGAAAUUUUAGAUUUAACUGCCCGCUGUGUUGUUUGCAACUGACAGUGAUGCUACAGAUGAAGCCAUUUGAGAAAUCUCACUUUUGACUGCAUGUUGACUAAGCAAUGGGAUCACCUGAAAAUUACUUCAACACUUAAAUAUCUACCGGUAUGCUUUGCAUUCCUGGCUUAUUGCUUUCCUGGGGUUAGUUGCAAGUAUGUAACUUAUAGCGAAGACGAGGUCAGAUAUUUCCAGAAGCUGUAGAAUAAAGAUAAUAGUGUUUUAUUGGUUUAAAGCUGCAAUAGGACAUUUUUAUAAAAUAUAACUUUUUGUCAUAUUUGCUGAAACUUAGACAAAGACAUAUAACCUGUAAAAAAAUAAAUAAGAUCUGGUUCCUCUUGCUACUCCUAGUGCUACUAGUGGCAUUUGCAAAAAUCCACCGUACCGGAAUGAAAACAACCAAUCAGAGCCAAGAAAGAUAGAUGAUUAAGUCUCAUUUCCAGGUUGUCAAAUACUGACGCUUUAAAGCAGUGGAUUCUUGCACUAGGAGGAGCCAGAGGAACCUAAUUUCUUUCACAGAUUAUCUGUCUCAUGUACUACGACUGUCUAGGUUGUUUUUUUUUAUAAAAAGUUACCUACUGCAGCUUUAAAAGAAUAGUUUGACUUUUGGGAAAUAUCCUUAUUUGCUUUCUUGCGAGAGUUAGUUAAGAAGAUUGCUGUCACUCUUGUGUCUGUACAGCAAAUACAAAGCCAGCACCAGGAGCCUGUUAGCUUAGUUUAGCACAAAAUAAAAAAACAGGGAAACUAGCUUAGGCUUGCUGUUUCCCUUUGUUUCUAGUUUUGCUCUAAGCUAAGCUAACCUAACCAGCCGCUGGCUCCAGCUACGUGUUUAUUGUACAGAUAUGAAAGUGUUACCAAUCUUUGCAUCUUUCAGCAAGUCUACUUCUCAAAAUGUCAAACUACUCCUUCAAACAAUUUGGUGUAAACAUCAUGCUUUUGUUUCAGACUUUCAGAAUCAAAAAGCAAGAGCUCCAAACCUGACGUUUCGCUUCAAAAUUCAAAGUCACACAGGGAGAAACCCAUCAUCUAAAAGGCACAGGGAGCAAUUUCUACACUCACAGUAGCAAAAGUAGAACUGAGUGCCGUGCAUAAGCUUCUGCGCUAAAAAAAACAGGAAUGCAUUCGACAUCACAGGUUGAACACGUAAGGGUGUUAGAAGAUCUGAGGGAAAUGUUCUUGUUACUGCAGCUCUUCAUCUACAUGAAAAUUUCACUUUUAUUUUGAGAUUUAAAGGAUUUGAGCAACGCUUAAGUUCUCUGUUUCAACAUACUGAUUGGGUAGAACAUGCUAGAAAAGUGCUAUAAGCACUACUAAUGCUUGAUAACAUCAUUAAUGGCUGAGAAAAUUAAUGUAAUAAACAUUAAACAGUUUGCAGCUAAUAGUGUAAUAAUCCUGUAAACAUACUGUAUUUCUCAUCAUUUUCUGUCUGUUGUCCGUUCCAAAAGCUCAGUAAAUGAGCUCAAAUUAAAGUCAAAAGAGAACAAAUACAGACGGAAUAUACUGUUAAUGGUUUACAUUCAGAAUAAUGUAACAAUGAUUGUGUUCACAGGAAAAAAAAGUCAUUAUAUUAAUGGUAGACAUCCUGUAUUACAUUGACCCAUCACCCCUCAGUUUCUCCCUAGGUAGCUUUAAAAUGAGGAACGCUUUUUCUUCCCCUCAUUGUAUUUCACAAUAACUGUAUCAGCGUGUUUGGAUGCUUCACUGAAACUUUACUACACUUAAAACUUGUCUUUUUCAUUGUGUACACAUUUCAAACAUGAGAAUGUAGGAUUAUUCCACUCUUAACUGCAAACAGGGUUUUGCUAAUAGCAGUUUUUUACAUUAACAGCAGUGACAUGUAUGAAAGGAGAUUUCUACAAUGGCUAAAUAAUUAUCAUUGUAAAACUUUUUCAGAUGUAUGAAUGACCUGAAUUUAUGUGAACAUAAUGUCUGAAAGCGUGUGUGUGUGUGCGUGUGUGUGUGUGCCUGAUGCAUGGAAGGCCUGCUGUGUUGUGAAUUCGAACUCUCUGAAACACUGAGCUGCCGGUCAACAGUUUGUGUGUGACUCUUUUUACUGGAACUAUUUAUUUCUCAUAACCAUCGAAAGUAAAUUUAAUCUGUUUCAUAAA